UUCCUCCUUCCUCCCUCACACAAGAACCACCUCUCCAACUUCAACACCCCCCAUCCAUUCUUCCCAUAUCGUGUCCUCAGCAUAAUAGUUCCCUGGGACCUUUUUCCUUUCUGAAUCCCCAGCCCCAAGCAGAAGGCCUGGACCAGGACCGCCUUGUCACCGGCAGCCACCUGUGGAGUCCCGCACCGCCAGCCGGAGCGCAGAACGCCGGGCACCCCGGGAAGGGGUGCAGGGGACCUGGGCCCGGGGCCUCGCCUUGGCCAGCUUCUCCCCUGGGCAGAAGGCAGCGGUCGGAGGGAAUCCGGAACUGCGCCCGGGGCAGAUUGGACGCACAUCCCUGGGGAGGGACUCGAUGCCAGGAAUGCCCAUCCUCCAGAUGUGGUAACCAAAAAGGUCUCUAGACAUUGCCAGAUGUCUCCUGGGGGAAUCAUCGCCCUUGACUGAAAACCACGGGGGCUUAGACUCAUCAAGUCUCACCUGUGAAACCAAGGGUGGGGCGUUGCGGCUCACAUCUGUAAUUCUAGCACUUUGGGAGGCUGAGGUAUGGAGAAAUUGGGGCAGAUCAUUUCCUUAGGCUACCUUGUCUACAACCAGUGUCAAGAGAUGAAAUACUGCCAGAGACAGUGCCAGCGUCUAGGGAAACGUGUGAAGGGCCUGCUCCCAUCUCUGCAUAUGCUGCAGGAACGAGGAAAGAAGAAACUGUCCUCUGAGAAGAUAGCCAACGCCCUGGCCCGUUUGGAGGCUGUCCUGGAGGAGGCUAGGAAGCAGAUAGAGAAGUUCAAAAAUGAGUCCACUGUGUUGAGUUUUCUAAUGGCAGGCCAAAACAAAAUACUCUUCAGUGAAGUGAACGAGGAGCUGGGCCACGUCUGCGAGGAGCUCUCACUGCUGCUUCAGGCCGAUCAAUGGGUGUCCGUUUCAAGCCCCUGGCCACAGCAAGAUCAGCGGGAUGCAGAGGCAGACAGGCGAGAUUUCCAAAGGGGACGUGAAUGGAGGGAAGUGAAAAGGGGCAUAGAAGAAAUAAAGGAAAUCCUUAAUCAAUUGAGGUCAGGUUUACUACCCUUGUGCAAGACCCCAGGAUAUCAAAUCAAGGAGAUUAAGAAAGAGGAGCUUUCAGGAGCCGCAUGGAUACCGAUCAAGAGAAAUGAAUUCAGCACACUUUAUAAAGGAGAAUAUUACAAAUCUCAAGUGUCCAUAGAAGUAUUCAACAAUACCCAGGCCAGAAGCAUUGGAAUAGCGAGGACUUAUUUCAAGGAUGAGAUUGAAACCAUGAAGAAAUUUAAUUCUCCCAAUGUCCUGCAUAUAUUUGGGAUUUGCAUUGAUGAAACAAUGGCUCCUCCUCAAUUCUCCAUCAUCAUGGAGUACUGUGAACUUGGGACCCUGAGGGAACUGUUGGAUGAAGAAAAGAACCUCGAGUUCGCUGUACGCAUCUUCCUAGUCCAGGAGGCAGCCAUGGGCUUGUACAGCCUACACCAUUCAGAGCCUCCUAAACUCCAUGAAAACAUCACCAGCGAGAGCUUCCUGGUAACUGGACACUACCAAGUGAAGCUUACAGGAUUUGCGUUCAAGAAAACAAAGACUUCUAUCAGUCAGAAAACUAAGAGAAAAGAGCCAAAGAGAGUCAGUUCAGAGGCGUAUUUCUCACCUCAGAAGCUGAAAAAUUUUUUUUGUAAAUGCGAUGUACAAGGUGAAAUAUACAGCUUUGGAAUCGUCCUCUGGGAAAUCGCCACUGGGAAGAUCCCAUUUGAAGGAUAUGAUGUGAAGAAGAUCUGCCAGUUUGUGGUUGAGGACAGGAAGCAGGAGCCGUUGGGUGAAGACUGCCCUCCAGUGUUGCAGGAGAUCAUUGACAAGUGCAGGGCCUAUGAGCCUUCUGAGCGGCCCUCAGUGGAUGAAAUCCUAAAGAAACUGUCUACUAUUACUGGAGUGUAUCAAAACCUGAACCCUAGGCUUGGCACCUGUAGCUCAGCGCCUAGGGCACCAGCCACAUACACUGGAGCUGGUGAGGGUCUGAACCCGGCCCAGGCUGCCAAACAACAAUGACAACUGCAACCAAAAAAUAGCUGGGUAUUGUGGCAGGCGCCUGUAAUCCCAGCUACUUAGGAGGCUGAGGCAAGAGAAUUGCUUAAACCCAAGAGUUGGAGAUUGCUGUGAGCUGUGAUGCUGUGGCACUCUACCGAGGGCGACAUAAUGAGACUCUGUCUCAAACAAAAAAGAGGAAAAAAAAGAAAAAACUGAACCCCAACCUGAGUAAGAACAAGACCUCAUCCCUGCUAAAAACAGAAAAAUUAACUGUGCGUAGUAGUGCAUGCUUGUAGUCCCAGCUACUUGUAGUCCCCAGACAAGAGGAUCACUCAAAACCAGGAGUUUGAGGUUGCUGUGAGGUAUGAUGCCACAGCGUUCUACCUAGGGCAAUGGAGUGAGACUCUAUCUCCAAAGAAAACAAAAC